ACUGUGACUAAAAAAAACUAAGCCGCAAAAUGUUCAAAUAGGUUGCUAAGCGCGAUUUCGUAAUAUGUAAAAUUAAUAGUGUUUAUGCUAAAUCAAUAUAUUUAAGGAUAAUUAGUGCUUUGGAGUGUAUCUUCUAAAUUAUUAAGAGUUGCCACCGCCACCGCCAACGCCAAAGCCGAAGAAGCGUGGUGCCCUGUCCUGCGCCAUGGGCACAUUAUGUCGGUACCUGAGCCCAGCGCCCUCAGUCCCGGUUCCGGCCAGAUCAGCUUCUCUGCCACCGGGAAAAGAACUCAAGCGUCAGUGUUCGGACUCGGCGGCGAAAGCCCUGAAGGAACGUGUUGUCACUUGCAUGCUGCGCUCAGCAUCUAAAGCGUCGACGGAGCGUGUCAUCACUUGCGCGCUUCGCUCCCCAGAUUCCAAUAUCUCUUUGAAGAAAAAAAUUGUCUGUCGGUGUUUAGGCCCCGGACCAGGGUCUAUUGCGACAUGUCGGUGCGCAAGCCCUAAACCAGGUUUGAAACAUAUUAUGUAUAUUUAUAAUCAGAAUCAUACACAACAAUAGAGAUAUAAAAUAAACUUCGUAGCCACGACGAGUUCACGCCGCUACGAGAUACAAAAUUACAAAUGGAAAUCGUAUCUAAUGUGACAAUUUGUAAUAAGUUUUGCUUUCCGCUUGUAAGACAAGACUCAAUAGCUCUCAAAUAUGUUUGGAAUAGAGAUGGGCCGAAUAUUCGGUAUUCUGCAAAUUCGGCAAGUUUAUCAAUGCCGAAUAGUUCGGUUAGAUUAUUUACCGAAUAAACAAAGGAAAUAAAUACCUACUCUUACAAGUUCUAGUUCCGUCAAAUAUACUCAGUUCGAUAAAAGUCUUGUGUUAGUGUGCGGGAAAAGUGCACGCACUGAUUGGGCCUGCAUCAUGGCGGGACGAGCGGCGGCGCGCAUGUUUAACAAUUGACGCUCAUACAAGACAAGUGUCCUGUCCUGA